UUCCCUUCCAAGAGUUGAAUGACCCAUAGCUCUCUGCACCUCACGGAGACUAGCAUUUCACUCCAUAGCUUUGCCAAUUGCUACUGCUGCAAAACUCUCAAACCAAUCCAAUUCAAUCCAACUCCAAUCCGAGCAAGUGCAAUGAUAGAUCUUCCACAAGAACAGUAAGAUCUCUGCCUGUGCCGCUUCCACGACCUCAAUGAGGCGAUGAAACUCUCGACUCUGUUCAUCCGAACACCCGCCUCCUCACCAGAGCUGCAAUGUUUCAGCCAUUUCAAAACUACUGUUUCCAAUCAAGUCAUUUCCAUCCUCCAUGAGGUUAGCCCAAUGGAACCCGCCUUGGAACGCCUAGUCCCCUCUCUCUCAUCCAACAUCGUCUCCUACGUCAUCCAACAACACCGGGACCCGCAGCAGGGUUUUCGAUUCUUCAUCUGGGCGACGCAGAAAAAAGGUCUCCGUAGCCGGGCCUCUGAUAAUCUUGUCAUUGACAUGCUUGUCAGGGAUAAACAUGGGUUUGACUUGUACUGGAAAACUCUCCAAGACCUCAAAAACUCUCGGAUACCGAUCACUCCCAAUGCUUUUACUGUGUUGAUUGCAGGAUAUGCGAAGAUGGGAAUGGCCGAAAAGGCCGUCGAAGCCUUCUCGACAAUGAAAGAUUACGACUGUAAGCCUGACGUGUUUACCUACAAUUGUAUAUUGAAUAUUAUGGUUCGAAAGGGGGUGUUUUUGUUAGCGUUAGCAAUAUAUAAUAAUAUGUUGAAGUCAAAUUGUACUACUGAUUCGGCUACCUACGGCAUCUUGAUGAAUGGCCUUUUCAAAACUGGCAAGACCCGGGAUGCACUCAAGCUGUUUGACGAAAUGAUCCAGAGGGGUAUCCUGCCCAACAAGAGAACCUAUACUAUUAGUAUAUCGGGAUUGUGUCAGGGAGAGAGGCCCAGUGAGGCACAUCGACUGUUCAAUAUGAUGAGAGAGAGUGGGCGCCCCGAUGAUAUUACUCACAAUGCUUUGCUUAACGGAUUCUGUAAAUUAGGUAGGAUUGAUGAAGCAUAUGCACUUUUGCGAACCUUCGAGAGGGAUGGGUAUGCACUUAGACUCAAUGGGUACAGUUCUUUGAUUGAUAGUUUGUUUAGAGCUAAGAGAUAUAACGAAGCACAUGCGUGGUUCAGAAAAUUGCUCGAGGAGGAUGUAAAGCCGGAUUUGGUUUUGUACUCUAUAAUGAUUCGGGGGUUAUCUGAUGGAGGCAAGGUUCAGGAGGCUUUGAAAUUGUUGGCUGAGAUGACUCAGAGGGAUUUGGUUCCUGAUACUUAUUGUUACAAUGCUGUGAUUAAAGGGUUUUGUGAUAUGGGUCUUCUGGAUGAGGCUCGGUCCCUCCAACUUGAGAUUUCAAAGCAGGAUUGCUUUCCUAAUGCCUAUACUUACACCAUUCUUAUUUGUGGUAUGUGUAGAAAUGGGCUGGUCGAGGAGGCACAACUGAUGUUUAAUGAGAUGGAGAAACUUGGAUGUGUUCCUUCUGUUGUGACCUUCAAUGCUCUUAUUGAUGGACUUUGUAAGGCCGGCCAGCUUGAGGAAGCUCAUCUUUUGUUCUACAAGAUGGAGAUAGGGAGAAAUCCUUCUAUAUUUCUCCGGCUCUCUCAAGGUUCCAAUCCAGUUCUUGAUGGUGCCAGCCUCCAAAAAAUGGUAGAUCAACUGUGCGAUUCAGGAUUAAUUCUUAAGGCCUACAAACUUCUCAUGCGGCUUGCUGAUAGUGGUGGGGCCAUGCCCAACAUCACAACCUACAACGUUCUGAUCAAUGGUUUUUGCAAGACUGGGAACAUCAAUGGUGCUUUCAAGCUCUUCAAGGACCUGCAACUGAAAGGCUUAUCUCCUGAUUCCAUUACAUAUGGAACACUUAUAGAUGGGCUUCAAAGGGUUGACAGAGAAGAGGAUGCAUUUGGGGUCUUCCAUCAAAUGGAGAAGAAUGGGAUUACACCUAGCUUUUCAGUUUAUAAAUCACUUAUGACCUGGUCAAACAGGAAAGGGAAGGUUUCAUUAGCUCUUAGUCUUUGGUUAAAGUAUCUGAGAAACCUUCCAGGCACGGAAGACGAAGCCAUCAGAGCAGUGGAGGAAUAUUUUGAGAAAGGAGAAGUGGGGAAGGUUAUCCGAGGCAUACUUGAAAUGGAUUUUAAACUGAACAAUUUUGACUCGAGUCCAUAUACCAUUUUGCUCAUUGGAUUUUGUGAGGUAAGAAAAAUGAACGAAGCUAUGACAAUAUUUUCAAUUCUUAAGGAUUACAAGGUCAUUAUCACUGCCCCAAGUUGUGCAAAGUUGAUUCAUGGUCUAUGCCAGGAAGGGAAUCUGGACCUGGCUAUAAAUGUGUUCCUAUAUACCUUAGAGAGUGGUUUCAUGAUGUCACCACGACCUUUAAACCAGCUGCUAAAAUGCUUACUUCGUUCCCGAUAUAAGAAGCAUGUCCCAAGCCUUGUAAGUAGAAUGAAGUCUUUUGGAUAUGAUUUGGAUGUCCAUCUUUACCCGUCUACAAAGUUUCUUCUUCUUGGUAGUGGUAGCUGGAACACAAGGGACACGGAAAAUGUUUCCCCUGGAUGAUUGCUGCCUAUGGUGGAUGACUUACAGUCAGGGACAGACUCUUCUGGUACAAUAUUCUUUAGCUGAACUUCAUUGGGACAGCUGUUGUAAAACAAUAGUUUUGAUUAAAAUGGACACCAACCUCCCUCCCCGAGAUUUUUUUUAUUUUAUUUUUUUAUUUUUACCCGACUGCUUGUGUAGGUUCAUGGGGGUGGAAUUGGUUUGUUAAUAAGUAAAAAGGUGUACUUCUGAGGAAGUCGAUGACAUUGAUAAUUUCCUAUGCAUACUAAUAACUUUUUUGUAAUGCAUACCUGAACCUUUUGUAACAUUACUGACUUGAAACAGCAGGAUGAAAUUCAUUUUAUGAAGAAUUAGAAGCUGUU